CGUGACAGCUCACACACUUGCACAACUUCAUCUAAUCUAAAGUUCAAGGUAUCAUAGACACGUUUGGUUUGGUGCACUCGCCACCAUUCAGCUGCACCACUGGUGACUGGUUCGUUUGUCUCCAAGAAGAGCGUCCAAAUUCAAAGACACCAUGGGUGAGUGGGGAUUUCUGUCGUCGCUGCUGAAUAAGGUCCAGUCCCACUCCACGGUCAUCGGGAAGGUCUGGCUCAGCGUGCUUUUCAUCUUCAGGAUCAUGAUCCUUGGAGCUGGAGCUGAGAAGGUUUGGGGUGAUGAACAAUCCAAGAUGAUUUGUAACACCAAACAGCCCGGUUGCAAGAACGUCUGCUAUGACCAAGCCUUCCCGAUCUCACACAUCCGAUUCUGGGUCCUCCAGAUCAUCUUCGUCUCAACACCGACACUGAUCUACCUUGGUCAUGUCAUGCAUAUCAUUCACAAAGAGAAGAAGCUGAGAGAAUAUAUUCAGACCCACUCUAGCAGUGAAAUAACCAAAGGUCCAAAGUAUUCUGAUGAGAAAGGGAAGGUCCAGAUUAAAGGCAAUCUGCUGGGAAACUACAUGGUCUCCAUAUUUUUCAGGAUCCUCCUGGAGAUAGCAUUCAUUGUGGGGCAGUAUUAUCUGUAUGGGUUCGUCAUGGAACCAUUAAUCGUCUGCUCCCGAGCCCCUUGUCCCUUCACCGUUGAGUGUUACAUGUCUCGACCCACCGAGAAGACCAUCUUCAUCAUCUUCAUGCUGGCGGCGUCCUGCCUCUCUCUUGUACUCAACGUGGUUGAGAUGUUCUACCUGAUAUGUUGUCGCUCAUCCAGACGAAGGUCCAAAACGGUGCCGAUGACCGCUGUUCCCCUUCACCCCCGUUUCGACAGCACCACCAUGAUGAGAAAUCAGAAACUCAGCCUCAAUGAUGUGAGUCACAGCACAGCCUGAGGAGCGUCGCUUUGAUCCAGUGUGCAAAGUCUGAACAAUAAAAAAGUGGCUAAUAGGGAUACAAGAGGCCAGAGCACACAUUUGUAAAAAAAAAAAAAUAAAAAAUUCCCUCACAGCUAUUUAUUUUUAAGUGGUAAAAAUUCGUGGAAUAAACACAUUUCCAGAGAUAUGAAAAAUCUAAAAUAAUAUGAUGUAUGGAGCAAAUUUCUUUGUCCUUGUUUAAAAUUUUACUUCAGAGUUUGUACAUAAUGUUAAAAGCACCGUUUUUGGUAUUUGUUGGAAAUAGUGACUUAAAACUUCCUGACAGUCUGAUGUGGCCUGUGACUGCACGGGCUAAAUAUCUUGGAGACCAGAUUUCUGAACCCACUGCUGAUACUUUAUAUCUGGUUCAGUUUGCUUUGGCUAAAAGUCAUUUUGUAGCACUAAAAAAGUGGGGGUUGUUAGCACUACUUUGCUUUCCAAAUGUCUUUUUUUUUUCAGUUUUUCUGGGUUUUUUUGUUUCUCUCAUGUUGAUAAUUAUACUGGGAUGGGGAUUUUUGGAAAUGUGACUUAUUUAAUUUAAAAGGAUUUGUUUUUCAUGUUUGUAUAUUAAUACAGGUGAGUUCAUGUGGCUUGUCUUUGUACCUCAUGUAAUCUUAAUAAAUAUUGUUGAGAAAACACA